UGUCUCCUCAUUUCAAUAGCAGUCGGCGAAAUUCCCUUUCCUCCACAUGUUUGCAGUUGAUAUCUCUUCUUUGGAUAGAAUCUUUAAAGAAAAAAAGACAUAAUAUAUUUAUUCGGGUCUACUUUACAACACGGCCAUAUACUAUAUCCUGAUGGGUCUGCUGCACGGCACGACUACAGCUCAAAGACUAGAUACUUUCUAAUAAUAAAAAUACAAGAUUGACAGGGAAUUACGUCCUAAGCCCUAAACAUCAUGGGCAAGUACAUAACAAAGACGAGGCUUAAGAUCAUUGUGGCUAUUCUAAUAGUGAUCGCUAUUGUGAUUGCAAUCGCUGUGCCCCUAUCGCUUAGAAGCUCCGGGGGUGAUGAUGGUCCAUCAGUGCCAGACAAGAGACCUUUCAGAGUGACAUGCUACCCAGAAGCUGAAGGAAAUCCUUCUUUGAUAGACAAAGCAGAAUGCGAGCGGAGAGGAUGCUUGUAUUACACAAACCCGAUAGAAUGUGUAUUUGUUGAUGGUAAAAAUGUUUUGGAGGCAAGCAAUGUAACUAAUACCACUUUUGGCUAUCAAGUCAAACUAAAACAAUCUGGAGAUAACCCUUUUGGUGGCAACAUCAGAGACUGGGUCUUUCAUUAUGAAAACCGAGGAGAAAAUGUGCUUCGUUUUACGUUAGAUACACAAGAUGGAAAAAGAUACAAAGUGCCUAAGGUCAUGAACUUACAAGAGGCCAGUUCAUCAACACCUAAAUACACACUUAACAUAACAAGUUUGAAGAAUUUUUCCUUCAACAUUAAAAGAGUUAGCACAGGAACUACACUGUUUGACAUCGGUGUAGGUCCAGGAAGUCUUGUGCUGUCAGACCAGUUCCUACAGAUCACAACCAAACUACCAAGCACUAAUGUGUAUGGCCUGGGAGAACAUGUCCAUGACUAUUUUAAACAUGAGAUGAACAAAACCUGGACUUCAUUUGCCAGAGAUCAGCCACCAUCAUGGGAUGCCAUGGCUAAUCUUUAUGGAACUCAUCCUUUUUACACUUGUGUUGAAGAUGCAUUGGGAAAUACACAUGGCAUUCUUUUACUUAACAGUAAUGCACAAGAAUACUCAUUUUCUGAUUUGCCAAGUCUGACGUUUAGAACCAUUGGAGGAAUAUUGGAUUUUUAUAUAUUUUUGGGGCCUAGUCCUGAAGAAGUCAUCCAACAAUACACUGCUGUGAUUGGUCGUCCUGUGAUGCCACCCUAUUGGGCUCUUGGCUUCCAACUCUGUAGAUAUGACUAUCAAAACAUAUCUAAUCUAAAAGAGGCUGUGGACUCUACUGCUCGAUAUGAAAUACCACAUGAUGUCCAAUAUGUUGAUAUAGAUCACAUGGAUACCCAAAAAAUCUUCACAGUUGAUCAUAAAAGAUUCCCUAAUUUAAAUGACUAUUUUAAAGAGCUACAAAAGGGAGGUAUGAGAAUCAUCUACAUACUGGAUCCAUGUAUGAUCUCCAAUGAAACUGACUACUAUCCCUAUGAAGAAAUGAAGAGAAACAAUUGUAAUAUAAAGUGGGCACCCAAUGUCACAGUUCCUGAUGAUGCUAAAGAUACUGAUGGAGCAUUGUUGGGUUAUGUCUGGCCACAAGGCAAAACAGUUUUUCCAGAUUACCUGAAAAUUUCUACUAAAGCUGUUUGGAAAAAGUUAAUUGUAGAUUAUAGAAAUAAUCUUACUUUUGAUGGUCUCUGGAUUGACAUGAAUGAGCCAGCAAGUUUUGGUACAAAUGAAGAGCGGCCUUUUAACUGGCCAGAAAAUGUUAAGCCAUACUGGAGUUUACAAUGUCCCAAAAAUUUCAAGGAAGAUCCCCCAUACAGACCAAAAGCUGCUUAUUUAUGGGAUACUAAGAAUAGGAAAGGGAGACUAUCUGAUAAAACAAUUUGUAUGAGCACAGUACAAGGAGAUAAUGAUGAGUAUUCUCACUAUGAUGUUCAUAACCUGUAUGGCUGGAGUCAGAGUGAUGUGACAUUGGAUGCAGUUAGAGAGGCCACUGGUGAAAGAGGUAUAGUCAUCAGUAGGUCAACUUUUCCUGGCUCUGGUCAGUGGGUUGGUCACUGGCUUGGUGAUAAUGUCAGUCAGUGGAAGGACAUGCUCAGCUCUAUUAUCGGUUUACUGGAGUUUAACCUCUUUGGAAUUCCCUAUAUUGGUGCGGAUAUUUGUGGAUUCUUUGAAAAUACAACAGAAGAACUUUGUUUAAGAUGGAUGCAGCUUGGAGCUUUUUAUACCUUCAGUAGGAACCAUAACACCAAGGGACCUAUACCUCAAGGUCCAGGUCAGCUUGGUGAUGAUGUUGGUUUCGCAUCAAGGGACAUAAUGAGAGUUAGAUACCAGCUUUUACCUUACUUGUACACCCUUUUUUAUUACGCUCACACCAAAGGAUCAACGGUCAUUAGACCACUGCAUCAUGAAUUUCCCACAGAUAAAAUUGCUUUAGCUAUAGAUAGACAGUUUCUCUGGGGAUCUUGUUUACUGAUUUCUCCAAUUUUAGAACAGGGACAGACAAGUUUACAGUAUUACCUACCAAGAGGAACCUGGUACAAUUAUUUUACACAUGAUGGUGAAACACUGUCUGAAGGUUUGUACAAGUCCAUAAGUGUGAAUAAAACCAGCAAACCAAUGCUACAUCUGAGAGGAGGCUGUGUCAUCAUACAGCAAGACUAUGCCAAUAAUACUCAUUAUAGCCGCCAAAAACCACUUACUAUUGUUGCAACACUUGAUGAAUUUGGAAUUGCUGCUGGUAAUUUCUAUUGGGAUGAUGGCGUAUCAAUAGAUUCCAUUGAAAAGAAAAAGUUUUACUUGGCUGAUAUCACAGUGAAUAAUUACCAGUUAUCAUUGACAGUGCAACAAUUACCACCAGAAGCAGAAUGGAAUAAGAUAAGGUUCAAAAAAGCUUUGCUCAUGGGCAUCACCAACACUGUUCGACAUGUCACACACAAGGGCACUGCUCUAGCAUUCAGACAAUCUGGCCAGGUUUUGGAAGUUGACCUUCCUGAUUUACCAAUGACCAGUGAUUUCUCAAUUGGAUGGUUAGAUGGCUUGGACUGUUUCCCUGAAGCAGAAGGGAAUGCGGCUAACAUAAACCAAAGCAAGUGUGAGGCGAGAGGAUGCAGUUUUUAUGAAGAUCCUGUUGCUUGUAGAUAUAAUGGCUCCUAUGGACUUAGUGGUUCUUUAUUCACACCAACACAGCAUGGGUUUACAGUCAAUUUGAAUCAGAAAGGGAAAGCACCUUUUGGUGGGGAUGUGACUGAGUGGAUUUUCAGUUAUGAAAACAGAGGCCAAAAUGUUGCCAGGUUUACUUUUGAUACACCAGAUGGCAAACGUUACAAAGUUCCUAAACACAUGAACCUAUCGCCACCUGCAGACCAGUCUACUCUUAAUUAUGAGUUCAAGAUUACCAACUUUGAAAACUUUGCUUUUCAAAUUGUUAGAGCCAGCACCAAGACAGUGAUUUUUGACAUCGGCGUAGGUCCAGGAAGUCUUGUGCUGUCAGACCAGUUCCUACAGAUCACAACCAAACUACCAAGCACUAAUGUGUAUGGGCUGGGAGAACAUGUCCAUGACCAUUUUAAACACGAUAUGAACAAAACCUGGACCUCAUUUGCCAGAGAUCAGCCACCAUCAUGGGAUGCUAUGGCAAAUUUGUAUGGCGUUCAUCCAUUUUAUACAUGUGUUGAAGAUUCAGAAGGCAAUACUCAUGGAAUCUUGAUGUUAAACAGUAAUGCCCAAGAGUAUUCAUUUACUCCACUCCCAAGUCUCACCUUCAGAACAAUUGGAGGAAUUUUAGAUUUUUACAUCUUUAUGGGUUCCAGUCCAGAAGAAGUGAUACAGCAAUACACACAAGUGAUUGGACGUCCAGUCAUGCCACCAUAUUGGGCUUUGGGUUUCCAAUUAUGUAGGUAUGACUAUCACAAUAUAAGCAAUUUGAUAGAGGCAGUGGAAUCCACCGCAAGAUAUUCUAUACCACAUGAUGUCCAGUAUGUUGAUAUUGACCACAUGGACACACAGAAAAUCUUCACUGUUGACCACAAAAAUUUUCCAAAUUUGAAUGAAUAUUUCCAUAAACUUCAAUCUGGGGGCAUGAGAAUCAUCUAUAUAUUAGAUCCAUGCAUGAUAUCCAAUGAAACUGACUAUGAGCCAUACAUUCAGAUGAAAAAAUAUGGUUGCAAUAUAAAAUGGGAUCCUAGUGUACAGCCCAGCAAUGAUUCAAGAGAUUCAGACAAUGCAUUGUUGGGUUACGUAUGGCCACAAGGAAAAACUGUAUUUCCUGACUACUUAAAACAGUCUACUAAAAUGAUAUGGAAGAAUUUAAUAGUGAAUUAUAGGAAGAAUCUCACAUUUGAUGGGAUCUGGAUUGAUAUGAAUGAGCCAGCAAGCUUUGGGACUAAUGAAGAACGACCUUUUAAUUGGCCAGAAAAUGUGAAGCCAUAUUGGAGCCUACAAUGUCCAAAAAACCUGAAAGAAGAUCCCCCAUACAGGCCAAAGGCUGCUUAUCUUUGGGACAGGGACAAUAAAAAGGGGAGACUAUCUGACAAAACCAUCUGUAUGAGCACAGUACAGGGAGAUAAUGAUGAGUAUUCUCACUAUGAUGUGCACAGUCUGUAUGGUUGGAGCCAGUCUGAUACUACUCUUGAUGCUGUGAGAGAGGCUACAGGUGAAAGAGGGAUGGUCAUCAGUAGGUCAACAUUCCCUGGCUCUGGUCAGUGGGUGGGUCACUGGCUUGGUGAUAAUGUCAGUCAGUGGAAGGACAUGCUCAGCUCCAUUAUUGGUUUGUUGGAGUUCAAUUUGUUUGGUAUUCCAUAUAUUGGUGCGGAUAUUUGUGGAUUCUUUGAAAAUACAACAGAAGAACUUUGUUUAAGAUGGAUGCAGCUUGGAGCUUUUUAUACCUUCAGUCGGAACCAUAACACCAAGGGACCUAUACCUCAGGGCCCUGGACAGCUUGGAGAUACUGUUGGGCUCGUAUCACGUGACAUAAUGAGGGUUCGCUACCGUCUUUUGCCUUAUCUGUACACUCUAUUUUUUGAAGCUCAUACCAAGGGAUCAACUGUCAUCCGACCAAUGCACCAUGAAUAUCCAACAGAUCAAAUGGCCUUAUCGAUUGAUAAACAGUUCAUGUGGGGCUCAUGUCUACUCAUAUCUCCGAUACUUAACGAAGGUCAGACAAUACUUGAGUACUAUUUACCUAAAGGAAAGUGGUAUGAUUACUUUAAGCAAGAAGGAGAAGUCUACAGUAAAGGAGAGUUAAAAAGUGUUGAUGUUAAUAUUACCUCCAUGCCUAUGUUACAUUUGAGAGGGGGUUGUAUUAUUGUAGAACAGGAUUAUGCGAACAACACACAUUACAGUCGUCAAAAUCAUUUAACAAUUGUGGCAGCACUGGACAGCAAUGGUCAAGCUUCAGGAAAGUUGUUUUGGGAUGAUGGAGUCUCAAAUGAUUUUUUGGAAUCUGGAAACUACUAUCUAGCAACUAUAAAAGUUGAAAAUAGUGCUCUAACCUUAAAAGUGGACCACAAUACUUCUUCUGUAAAUUCCUGGGAUAACCUGACUUUUACAAAAGCUGUUGUACUUGGUGUAAACAUGCCAGUUCAAUAUGUUAUUUUACAAGAUCAAGAGCUAUACUAUAACCAGACUGGUGAACUUUUAGAAAUUGAUUUGUCCAACAUUCCUAUGAGAGAUGCCUUUCAGUUGACAUGGUAUCAUGGGAUGGAUUGCUUCCCUGAAGCUGAAGGAAACUUUGAUGCAGUGAUUGACCAAGAAUGUUUAAUGCGGGGAUGUUAUUAUAAUAGUGACUUAGAAAUAUGCAGCUAUAACUGGAGCUCUUACAACCUUGAAGCUGUCAAUGUAACGUACACAGACUUUGGAUUAGUCGCUGAUCUCAAACAAGUUGGUCCUAUGGCUCCAUUUGGUGGUGAUAUCAAGGAUUGGGUUUUUAAAUUUGAGAAUCAAGGAGACAAUGUGGCACAUUUUUCAUUUGAUAGUAAAGAUGGUAAACGUUACAAAGUUCCUAAAGCAAUGAAUCUUCCAAUGAAAUCUACAACUCCAAAGUAUGACAUAGUUAUUACCGAUGCCAAAUAUUUUAGGUUCCAGAUCAUUCGUUCCAGUACAAAAACAGUAAUUUUUGACAUCGGUGUAGGUCCAGGAGGUCUUGUGUUGUCAGACCAGUUCCUACAGAUCACAACCAAACUACCAAGCACUAAUGUGUAUGGGCUGGGAGAACAUGUCCAUGACCAUUUUAAACAUGAGAUGAACAAAACCUGGACUUCAUUUGCCAGAGAUCAACCACCAUCUUGGGAUGCCAUGGCUAAUCUCUAUGGUGUUCAUCCAUUCUACACCUGUGUGGAGGACAAUGAUGGCAAUACACAUGGGAUACUACUUCUCAACAGUAAUGCACAAGAAUAUGCUUUCAGUGAUUUACCAAGUCUUACAUUUAGAACUAUUGGAGGUAUUCUGGAUUUCUACUUAUUUAUGGGCUCAAGUCCUGAAGAAGUCAUACAGCAAUAUACAGGAGUUAUUGGACGUCCAGUCAUGCCACCAUAUUGGGCAUUAGGUUUUCAAUUAUGUCGAUAUGACUAUCACAACAUAAGUAAUCUAAAGGAGGCAGUGGACUCAACAGCGAGAUAUGACAUCCCACAUGAUGUUCAGUAUGUUGACAUAGAUCACAUGGACACUCAGAAAAUAUUCACAGUCGAUGAAAAAAGGUUUCCAGGUUUGAAUGAUUAUUUCAAGAGUCUUAAUGAUGGUGGUAUGAGAAUUAUAUAUAUUUUGGAUCCAUGUAUGAUCUCCAAUGAAACUGACUACUAUCCCUAUGAAGAAAUGAAAAGAAACAAUUGUAAUAUAAAGUGGGCACCCAAUGUCACAGUUCCUGAUGAUGCUAAAGAUACUGAUGGAGCAUUGUUGGGCUAUGUUUGGCCUCAAGGAAAAACUGUUUUUCCUGAUUACUUCAAGGAUUCAACAAAAACUGUUUGGAAAAAGUUGAUUGUAGACUACAGAAAAAACUUAACUUUUGAUGGUCUAUGGAUUGACAUGAAUGAGCCUGCUAGUUUUGGAACCAAUGAGGACAGACCAUUCAAUUGGCCAGCAGAAGUCAAACCUUAUUGGAGUUUGAAGUGUCCCAAUAACUCAAUAGAAGAUCCUCCAUACAGACCAAAGGCUGCAUACCGCUGGGACAGUGACAAUAAAAAGGGGAGACUAUCAGACAAAACUAUCUGUAUGAGCACAGUACAGGGAGAUAAUGAUAUGUAUUCUCAUUAUGAUGUUCAUAGCCUGUAUGGCUGGAGCCAGUCUGAUGUGACACUGGAUGCAGUAAGAGAAGCUACAGGUGAGAGGGGUAUGGUCAUCAGUAGGUCAACAUUCCCUGGCUCUGGUCAGUGGGUAGGUCAUUGGCUUGGUGAUAAUGUCAGUCAGUGGAAGGACAUGUUCAGCUCCAUUAUUGGGCUACUAGAGUUCAACUUGUUUGGUAUUCCAUAUAUUGGUGCAGAUAUUUGUGGAUUCUUUGAAAACACAACAGAAGAACUUUGUUUAAGAUGGAUGCAGCUUGGAGCUUUUUAUACCUUCAGUAGGAACCAUAACACCAAGGGACCAAUACCCCAAGGUCCUGGUCAACUUGGAGAUAGAGUUGGUAAUGCUUCACGAGAUAUCAUGAGAAUCCGCUAUCAGCUUCUGCCUUAUCUGUACACACUAUUCUAUGAAGCACACACUGAAGGUUCAACUGUCAUAAGACCAUUGCACCAUGAAUAUCCUACUGACCAAAUUGCUCUCAAUAUUGAGAAACAAUUCUUAUGGGGAUCAAGUUUACUUAUUUCUCCUAUACUUGAGCAGGGUCAGACAGUUCUGGAAUAUUAUUUACCAAAAGGAAAGUGGUACAAUUACUACUCACAUGAAGGUGAAACACUUAAAGAAGGCUCCUUGAAGGUCACUUCUGUAAACAUUACAUCAAAGCCUUUGCUACAUUUGAGAGGAGGCCAUAUUGUAGUGCAACAAAAGUAUGCUAACAACACACAUUUUAGUCGUAAAAAUCCUCUACAAAUCUUGGCUGCUCUAAGUGAAACUGGAGAGGCCAUAGGGAGCUUAUACUGGGACGAUGGUAUCUCCAUAGACUCCAUUGAUGAUGGACUGUACUAUCUCUUGAAUGUAACAGUUCAAACGAACACCCUAACUGUGUCUGUCCAUCAUAAACCAAGGGAAGAAAAAGAUUGGGGCAACAUCCAUUAUGAACGUGCUACACUUUUGGGAGUAGAGAAGAGAGUCAAUCUAGUAACUUUAGAAGGAAGAUCUUUAUCUUUUAGCUAUAUCAACAAGGUUUUGGAAAUAGACCUAGGUUCACAAAAUCUUCCUUUGACAAGGAAUUUCACAUUGAAAUGGUUUUAAAUUCAUAACAAGAAUAUACAUUCCAAGACAAAGUUCUGUUGUAUGAUGUAUUACUUAAGUUACAUAAGCCUUAAUUAUAUGUAUUUUCUUGUAAUAUUUCUGCAUUGUACAUUAGUUGUAUAAUUAAACAAAGAGUGAAUAGUCUCUUUGUGUUCGAAAAAAAAUAAAUUUAUAUAUAUAUAUAUAUAUAUAUGAAUUCAUUCAAUUUUUUCUUUAAUUACCACCAUCUUUUUAUGUGUUCUUUAUUUUCUGUUUAAGUUAUGUUAAACAUCUUUCUAUGUUGUAUGACCUUUUAGCUCGAAUUAGUUUGUUGUUUCUUGUCUUUUUAAAUGUUCUACCCAAAAAAAGUAUUAUGCAUUUUGAACAGUACCUAUAUAAAUCAUUUAUUGUAAUCUAAAAAAAAAAAAAAAAAUUGGUGAAAGCUGCAAAUUAUUUUUUUGUGCUCAUUACAUUCUGAUCAACUUUAACAAAUGUUGUAUGUAUUUUAAAAAUUUCAAUAUAAUAUAUUUUUGUUUCAUUUAACCAUAUGUUCUUUCUUAGUAUUUAAAGUUUAAUUUGUAAAUGUGUGUAUUUAUUGUUUUUAGAUAACAUUUUUAUUAUAAUAAAUUGAGAAAAAAAUGAUGUAUAAUAAAUAUGACGAGAUGUAUGUUGCCUGCUUUAAAACAUGUACAAUAAUUAAAUUUAAGUUCAGUAUAUAAAAUCAAUGUUUAUUUUUUCUUAGACCAGAUAUCAAUACAUGCAUACAUAACCAUCAAAUAUAUACAGCAAAUCAUUAUAUUCAGCUAUUCAAGUUACCAUUCUGUUUAAAAAUGUAGCCUCUUUGCAUUAAUGCUAUCAAAACAUUGGCAAUAUUGUGACAAUCAUCUGAAAAGUUUAAAUACAAAUCAUUACAAAAGUAAUAGAAAGUUUUCUUAAAAAGUAAAUAAAUAUACUAAUGGGAAGAAUGAAAUACCUAUUCCACUAUGAUGUCUACCAACAUGCUUCAGAUUUAAAUUGUUCAACAUCACCAUCAUUCCUUUGGGAAAAACACUGGUGACAUCUGCGUAAGACUGUUGGAAAAUUUAAGAAAAUUUAUUCAUGAUUUUUAGAAAUAAAUUAAUUUUUUACCACUUUCUUCCCAAGUACAUAGUACGUUUUAGUAAAUCAAAAACCAAAUUGUAUUUCAAUGGAAAAAUUAAAGUUAAAAACUGUGAAAUGUGUGUGCAUGUUAAGAUACAUUUUUAUAUGAACUUAUAAAAGUAGCUUAUCACUAUCAGUUUUUAAAUAUUUAUGAAUGUAAAGUUUCUAGGUUGAAAUAAAAAUCUAUUGUAGCUUUAGUAAGGAGCUCAUUAAAGGAACAAAUUUACUAUUUUUAUCUUCACCAGAUUGUAGAAGAAUUGUUUGAGAAGAAUUGUUUGAGAAGAAUUGUCUCUUUUAUAUGUUUCGAAUGUUCCCUCAGAAUUGAAGAUUAAUACAUCCUAACCCAGGUGAAGAUAUUAAAAGCAAAGUUUCAUACAGAGAUUAAUCUAUGCAUGGUUCAAUUGAAGACACACUACACAAAAAUAUUUCUAUUGACUUAAAAAUAAAAAAUAAUUUUUUACCUUUUUAAUGUUUAUCCACUGUGUGAAAUAUGGUUGGAGAGAGAGCUCUAAGAAUGUACACUGCUUGGGCAACCUAAGGAAUAAACAAAUAAAUAUAUAUACUAGCAUUAUAAAACUAUUAUCCACCAAAGAAUGACUUAGGGAAAAUUCUGAGUAGUAAUUUAUUUUUAAGUUAUAAGUUUAAAUAGAAUUGGGGUUAAGUCUCUAAAGUAUCUGGGACUGAAAAAAAUAAUCAGUCAAGUAUGCUAAAAAUGUUAUUCUUUAGAAUAUGGAUAUGAAAAUGGUGAAAAUAUAACAAAAAGCUGAAUACCAUUGAUCUGUUUACAUCAUACUUACAUUGUUUUGAGAUCCCAAUCACCACAAGUUACAAAAAUACUUUUGGUUUUAGGAUCUAACAAACCUUCACUUGACAUCCACUCAUGAAAGCUCUUGGGGAAAAAAAAAGGUUUAAAAUACUUCAAAGAUUUCAUAAAAACUAUAGAAUUUUUUAAAUGGUGAAAAGGUUAGUUUUUUAAGAAUGCUUUCUAAUUUAAGUGUUUGUGGUCAAUUAUAUAAAUGUACUACUCUAGUAAAGCAUGAUAUAUACAAUGAAUCACUAAUUAUGAACCUUUCACAGUGGCUGUAUAUCAUGUUUCAUUCAUUUUUGUUUGUACAUUCAUCUUGAUAAUAAAGACAACACUCAGGUUAGCAACUAAAAUUAGUCAUUAAAAAAAAAGAAACCUGUAAAACUUGAGGCAAAUGUGGCUGAUUGUCUACCAUAGCCUGUAUGAUUCCUGUUAGCUGUGU